AUGGUGCUGCUGGUGGUGAUGGGAGUGAGCGGCUCGGGGAAAUCCACUGUUGGGUCACAUCUGGCAGCUAAACUGGGAUGGAAAUUCUAUGAUGCUGAUGACUAUCAUCCUACAGAGAACACAAAGAAAAUGGCUCAAGGAAUACCACUAAAUGACCAGGACAGGAUUCCAUGGCUUUGCAAAUUACAUGAUAUAUUAAUGAGAGAAGAGUCAGCUGGACAAAGUGUGAUUCUGGCCUGUUCAGCUCUGAAGAAAAUGUAUAGACGCAUAUUAGUAAGUGGAGGGGAUGCUGUGUAUUCUAAAAGUGAUCAGCUAGACUCUGCCACAGGGAAGGUCCUUUUUAUCCAUUUGGAUGGAUCUAUGGAACUCAUUGCCAGCCGCCUGGAGAAGAGGAGAGGACACUUUAUGGCACCCGAACUACUACAGUCUCAGUUUGAUACACUGGAGCCUCCGUCAGCACCAGAAAACUUUAUCACUGUGAGUCUGGAAAAGUCUGUUUCUGAAAUAGUGUCUGAAAUUGAGAAAUCUCUUCACUUAGAGAAAUGCUUUUCCAGAGCAGUUUCUGAAUUAGAUGCACAUUAA